AUGUCCAGAGGAUCCGGGGUAACCUGGCUGAAAAUGCUGGGAACUGCAAUCGUCCUCUGCGUCGGCGGUCCAGCCCUCGUCCAAGCCAUCCGCCCAACAGACGAAGAACUCUUCAAGCGCUACAAUCCCGAACUCCAAAAGCGCAGUCUGGAAGAGGGCGAUCGCCGAGCACAGGAAUUCGACGCUUAUGUCAAUCGGCUAAAGGAGUGGUCCAAGUCGGAUAAGUCGAUCUGGUUCGCCGCAAAGGAGCAAGAGCAGCAACGAACGCAGCAGGCGGUUGAUACGCCGCGGACAAAGGCGAAUGAUGAAGCGAGGAUACAGCGCGAGGAGAUGCGGAGGGAGUUGUUGGGUGAGAAAUAG